AUGAUGGAUCAGGAAGAGAAGGAGGAUGGGGGCUCAGCCUCCUGUGACAAGGCGGGCUCCCCUGACCAGGAGGGCUUCUUCAAUCUGCUGAGCCACGUGCAGGGCGGCCGUAUGGAGGAGCAGCGCUGCCUGCUGCAGGCGGGGCCCGGCCCGGCCUCCGAGAGCCAGAGUGGCCCUGCACCCGAGAUGGACAGUCUCAUGGACAUGCUGGCCAGUACCCAGGGCCGCCGCAUGGAUGACCAGCGCGUGACAGUCAGUGCCCUGCCUGGCUUCCAGCCUGUGGGCCCCAAGGACGGAGUGCAGAAACGAGCCGGGACCCUCAGCCCUCAACCGCUCCUCACCCCUCAGGACCCAGCUGCCCUGAGCUUCCGUCGGAACAGCAGCCCCCAGCCCCAGACACAAGCCCCCUGA